AUGGCCGAAGCGCCCCAGGUGGUGGAGAUCGACCCGGACUUCGAGCCGCUGCCCCGGCCGCGCUCGUGCACCUGGCCGCUGCCCCGGCCGGAGUUUAGCCAGUCCAACUCGGCUACCUCCAGCCCGGCGCCGUCGGGCGGCGCGGCGGCGAACCCCGACGGCGCCGCGGGCCUGCCCUCGGCCUCGGCGGCCGCUGUCAACACCGACUUCAUGAGCAACCUGAGCCUGCUGGAGGAGAGCGGGGACUUCCAGCAGGCGCCCGGCUCCGUAGCGGCGGCCGCGGCGGCGGCGGCGGCGGUGGCGGCGGCGGCGGCGGCGGCCGCAGCUGCCGCCACCGGGGGUCUGUGCGGCGACUUCCCGGGCCCGGAGGCGGGCUGCCUGCACCCGGCGCCGCCGCAGCCCCCGCCGCCCGGCCCGCUGUCGCAGCACCCGCCCGUGCCUCCCGCCGCCGCCGCGGCCGCCGCCGGCGGGCCGCUCGCGGGGCAGCCGCGCAAGAGCAGCUCGUCCCGCCGCAACGCGUGGGGCAACCUGUCCUACGCCGACCUCAUCACCAAGGCCAUCGAGAGCUCGGCCGAGAAGCGACUCACGCUGUCGCAGAUCUACGAGUGGAUGGUCAAGAGCGUGCCCUACUUCAAGGAUAAGGGCGACAGCAACAGCUCGGCGGGCUGGAAGAAUUCAAUUCGUCAUAAUCUGUCCCUGCACAGCAAGUUCAUCCGUGUGCAGAAUGAAGGAACUGGAAAAAGCUCCUGGUGGAUGCUCAAUCCAGAGGGAGGCAAGAGUGGGAAGUCCCCCAGGAGAAGAGCCGCGUCGAUGGACAACAACAGCAAAUUUGCUAAGAGCCGAGGCCGAGCUGCCAAGAAAAAAGCGUCCCUGCAGUCUGGCCAGGAGGGUGCCGGGGACAGCCCGGGGUCACAGUUUCCCAAGUGGCCCGCAAGCCCCGGCUCUCACAGCAACGACGACUUCGACAGCUGGAGUACCUUUCGCCCUCGCACCAGCUCGAAUGCUAGUACCAUUAGCGGGAGGCUGUCUCCCAUCAUGACCGAUCAGGACGACCUGGGAGACGGGGAUGUGCACUCGAUGGUGUACCCGCCGUCCGCCGCAAAGAUGGCUUCUACCCUGCCCAGUCUGUCCGAGAUCAGUAACCCCGAGAACAUGGAGAACCUUUUGGAUAAUCUCAACCUUCUCUCGUCACCAACGUCAUUAACUGUGUCCACCCAGUCUUCAGCAGGCACCAUGAUGCAGCAGACACCCUGCUACUCCUUUGCGCCGCCAAACACCAGUUUGAAUUCAGCCAGCCCCAACUACCAAAAAUACACGUAUGGCCAGUCCAGCAUGAGCCCCCUGCCCCAGAUGCCCAUGCAGACGCUGCAGGACAGCAAGUCGAGUUACGGAGGCAUGAGCCAGUACUGUGCGCCGGGACUCCUGAAGGAGCUGCUGACGUCCGACUCUCCUCCGCACAACGACAUCAUGACGCCAGUCGAUCCGGGGGUGGCUCAAACCAACAGCCGAGUGCUCGGCCAGAACGUGUUGAUGGGCCCUAACUCGGUCAUGCCGGCCUACGGCGGCCAGGCCUCUCACAACAAAAUGAUGACCCCCAGCUCCCACACCCACCCUGGACACGCUCAGUCGACAUCUGCAGUCAACGGGCGUGCCUUGCCCCACGCGGUAAACCCCAUGCCCCACACCUCGGGUAUGAACCGCCUGGCCCCGGUGAAGACAGCUUUACAAGUGCCUCUGGCCCACCCCAUGCAGAUGAACGCCCUGGGGGGCUAUUCCUCAGUGAGCAGCUGCAACGGCUACGGCCGGGUGGGCGUUCUCCACCAGGAGAAGCUCCCCAGUGACUUGGACGGCAUGUUUAUCGAGCGCUUGGACUGUGACAUGGAGUCCAUCAUUCGGAACGACCUCAUGGACGGAGACACGUUGGAUUUUAACUUUGACAACGUGUUGCCCAACCAAAGCUUCCCGCACAGCGUCAAGACGACAACACACAGCUGGGUGUCAGGCUGA